CAACUAGUAGCACCCAGGAGUGCCUGGUGGUGACACCCGCGCGUGGCACUCAGGAGUGCCUGGUGGUGAGGAGAGUCAGUCGUCAGUAACACGCUGUAGGCGGCAGGAGGAGGAUCGUGUGUCGCUCUGCUCUGACCUGGACCAGCGGACGCGGCCCCUCCACCGUCCAUGACAAUCACUUUAACAUUUCUUCUUGGAUGACAGUCAAUGUGGGUUACUCAGACUGCCUCGACUUGAUUACAGAUUCAAGUUAGAAAAUAUACUCUACUGAUAGAGCAAUAUUUAUAAUGAAAAGUUAAUGAGUAACUCCGUGCUAUAAAAGUUUUUGAAACAUGACCUAAGGACUCAAAAACUAUCAAAUAUACUAUAUAUUUUAUGAUUUAUAGGUCAUCGAUGUAAACGUUCCGAAAAAAAAAACAGUGAAAUUAAACUUUACAGCGCUUAACGAACCUGAACCAGCCAGGCUUCACCCACCGUGGGAGCGUAUGUAAACAAACAAACUUUGGGGAGGAGGAAUGUGGUCACACCGAGGUUCCAGUCGUGUUUCCAGGAUAUAUCUUCACACCUCUAGCAGAUGAACUUAGGGUUGUCGCGUAGAGUUUCAAGUUUCCUAAAGUCUUCCUGAUACUUCCAAAAAAUCCCAGGUCUCACAAAGGCUUCACAACGGCAACCAAAAAAGGCUUCCAGGAAAUCUCUAGAGGUUUAAAGCGCCCCAACAGACACGUAAGAAAGUAUCCAUAAAAAUCCAAACGACUUCUACCAUUAACUAAGAGAUUUAUAGAUAAUCUCUUGGGAGUGUCGUACUGAAGACGUCAUUCAAGCAUUUUACAGAAAAUUCUCCAGAGUAUAUUGUAAGAAGAACAGAGGGAGGAACCAUGGUGACCAGGAGGCGGUGGUCACACUCAUGGAUGCUGGCCAUGGUGUUCCUCGUUCAAGGAACUACCACCAUCCGCAUCACGGGGGUGCGGGUCCCGGAGCGGGUGGAGGCAGGGGGGGAGGGCCAGCUGGAGUGCUCGUGGCAGGAGGAACUAGACCAUAUGUACUCCAUCAAGUGGUAUCAAGGCGCCCACGAGUUCUACCGGUAUACGCCCACCGCCCACGACCCCGUCCAGAUCUUUGACCCGCCCACGCUGGAUGUUGACAAGGAAAAGUCGUGGGGCGGUAUAGUGAGGGUCGCCAACGUGAGUCUGGCAGCUGAAGGACCUUUCCACUGUGAGGUGUCUGCCGACGGCCCUACCUUUCACACUGCCUCCGACUCCUCCAUCAUGACGGUCGUGGACAUACCAGAAGGAGCACCAGUCAUCUCGGGGGUCAGGAGUCAGUACCUGGUGGAUGACCUGGUGGACUUGACUUGUACCUCCCGCAGGUCACGACCCCCACCUGACCUGAGCUUCACAAUCAACACUCAACAGGUGUUGGCGGAGUGGGUGGAGCCGCAAACGGACGUGGUGGAUGAGGAGGGACUGACGACGUCGUCGCUGCGGAUGCAGUUCUCCCUGAUGCCAGGUCUCCUGCGGCAUGGAGAGGUGCGGGUGCGGUGCGUGUCUGAGAUCCCUGGAAUAUACCGCCAGGAGUCCUACGACGUCCUUACUACCAGGCAGCCCUACCACGCCUCCGUGCUGGGGGGCGGCGCCACGCCAGGUAUCAGACCAUCUCUGGUCUCCGUGAGUCAAGUGAUCGUCUUGGCCCUCCUGCUGUCCCUUCCCCAUCUCUGAGUCAUCUCUAGCGUCUCUGAGUCAUCUCCAGCGUCUCUGAGUCAACUCCAGCGUCUCUGAGUCAUCUCCAGCGUCUCUGAGUCAAC